CCUCUUUUGCCGCAGUACCUCCUCCGCUGGCUGCGGGUCUGGUGGUCGUUCAGCUGUAGCUGCAGCACGCACCUCAGCCGCCCUACCUCCCCUGUAUCAGGUCCCCUGCACCGGAGAAGAAGCUGCUCCUGCUGCCGCCUCUGCGGGACAGUCUCUUCCCUGGAGGGGCCACUCAACCCUCGUCUGCGAAGCAGCCGCUCCUCUGUCACCCCAAAGCCCGACUGCGUCCGCGGACGCCUGUCGACUGCGGGAGUAGCGACCACCCGGCGCCCCGGCGGCCGAGAGGAGGCGGCCAGGACCCGCGACCACACCCCGGCGGCCUCUCCGGCUCGGCGGCUCCAAGCUUCUGCGCCACAAGGCGACACAGUGCUUGCAGGUGAAGAACCCCAGCCUCAGACCCCGACCUGAGACCCAGGGUGGCCGCGGCCGCGUGAUUGACUGACAUUCCCGGGCUUUGCUCUGAGAACCCGCCGUGAAAGGAAGACACCGCGACUCAGGUGUCGUUUGUUAAUUGGGCCCUUGAUAGUUGGGGAAAUGGCGAUGACACUGUUGGAAGACUGGUGCAGGGGAAUGGAUGUGAAUUCCCAGAGAGCCCUGCUGGUCUGGGGGAUCCCAGUGAACUGUGAUGAGGCUGAAAUCGAAGAGACCCUCCAGGCUGCGUUGCCGCAGGUUCCUUAUCGAGUGCUUGGGAGAAUGUUUUGGAGGAAAGAGAACGCGAAAGCAGCCUUGUUAGAGCUCACUGGCGCUGUGGAUUACGCGGCCAUCCCCAGGGAGUUGCCGGGUAAAGGAGGGGUCUGGAAAGUGGUCCUUAAACCUCCGACUUCUGAUACUGAAUUUUUAGAAAGGUUGCAUCUCUUCCUAGAGAGAGAGGGGUGGACCGUGCAAGAUGUGGCCCGUGUCCUUGGGUUUCAGAACCCCGCUCCGGCCCCAGGCCCAGAUAUGCCAGCAGAGAUGCUGAACUAUAUUUUGGAUAAUGUCAUUCAGCCUCUAGUUGAAUCUAUAUGGUACAAGAAGCUGACGCUGUUCUCGGGGAGGGACAUCCCGGGGCCGGGGGAGGAGACCUUUGGCCCCUGGCUGGAGCACACUAAUGAGGUCCUAGAGGAGUGGCAGGUGUCUGAUGUAGAAAAGAGGCGGCGGUUGAUGGAGAGUCUCAGAGGCCCUGCAGCUGACGUCAUCCGCAUCCUCAAGACUAACAACCCUGCAAUAACUACCGCGGAAUGCCUGAAGGCGCUUAAGCAGGUGUUUGGCAGCAUCGAGAGUUCUAGGGAUGCGCAGAUCAGAUUUCUGAACACUUACCAGAACCCGGGAGAAAAGUUGUCGGCUUAUGUCAUUCGUCUGGAACCUCUGCUGCAGAAGGUGGUGGAGAAGGGGGCCAUAGAUAAAGAUAACGUGAACCAAGCCCGCCUGGAGCAGGUCAUAGCAGGAGCCAACCACAGCGGGGCCAUCCGAAGGCAGCUGUGGCUGAACGGAGCUGCGGAAGGGCCGGCUCCUAACCUCUUUGAGUUGCUGGUGCAGAUCCGCGAGGAGGAGGCCAAGGAAGAGGAGGAGGAAGCUGAGGCCGCCCUCCUGCAGUUAGGCUUGGAGGGGCACUUCUGUGUCAUGGGAAAUGGAGAUAUAGCGCAGUCCUAGACAACAGCUUCUUUCAUUGCAUCUGUGCUGUCUUAUUUGUAUGCCACUUAGUCCUGUUUUCUUGGGGAGAAUCAGGCCUGUGUAUUGUAACAGUAAAAUCGUGCAAGCAGCCACUCUGGUGUGAGUCAUGCUGGCCAAAAUGCCAGGUAAAGGCUUGUACACAGGUGUUCAGUGCAAGGGGUCAUGGCAUCAUUUGUGAAAAUCGUGAACUUGUGACACUUCUCAUUGAGGUACUUAAGUGUAAAAUUCCAUGUUGAGACCUUUAGUUCAGAGCCUGGCUAACACAAGUGUUCAGUAAAAGUAUCAACUGUUAUUACUAAUAAUGUGAAUGUUUGUGUUUACUGUAAAUUGUCCCUGUUUUAUGUUAAUGGAAAGAAAUGUGAACUAGCUAUUCUUGGUGAUUCAACUUCACAAUGCAAAUUUUAUUUAUUUAUUUAUUUAUUUAUUUAUUUAUUUAUUGUUCAAGUGGUUUUCUGUCUUUUACUCCCAUCCCAGCCCACGCCCCCAGCACUCCCCACCUCCCUCCCAUUUCCACCCCCCCUUAGUUGUUGUCCAUGUGUCCUUUAUACUAGUUCUUGUAUAACAGUGCUAAUUUCUUACUUUUCAACUGUACACGGCUGGAACAGUUUACUUGACAAGUAUUCUGAGACUACAAAAUGGGGUGUUAGAAAAAUUCUACAAUUACAGAGCUGUGUAAAUUAGAAUUUUUCACUGUACCAGAUACAGAUAUAAAUUGCAUGGGGAGGUUAAUAUGAGCCAGUUAAGUAUCCAUUCCCCCAUUUCAAAUCUAUGUCAUUGAAUAGUAGUUCUCUUUAUUCAUGCUGUUCUAAGUGUUCUAAAUUUGAAGUUAUCAAAUACAUGUAUAUCAAAUACAUGAAUAUUUUAAAAUCUCAUUUUUCUGCAUGUAUAAAAAUGUUCAGAGUAAUUAAGAUCUAUAUCUUUUACCAGGCUUCACCACGUCACACAAAAAAACUUCAAUUUAGAAA